CACAUCCAUAUCUCUAUUUCUACUUGUUAUAUUACCAAGCUACUUAUGGAACAACCCCAUCCCCUACUUUCUCCUAAUAAUGAUCGAAACAAUUCGAGAGACCGCCUUUGGUAAAUUGAUGCGCAUGAUCAGCCACAAUCGAAUAUUACAAUACCCAGAAGAGAUCGACCCCGAGACCUGCAGUCGUUAUGUCCUGUCCGAGACGAAUCUCGAGAAUUUGGAAUCCAAUACUCAUGGUGAACCUGGCGAAGAAUGGGGGCUCUUUACCGUCAUGUCCCAGGCCUCACGGCGGCCCAGCGCAACAGAACCAGCACCAGCCGAAAAAUUAAGCAGCGCCUUGGUAUCAAAUAUCGCAAUUGGCUGGUCUUCAAACGAUACCCAGAACCCUCAAAAUUGGUCGACUGGAAAAAAGCUCUUUGUCAGUUCGCAAGUAUGGCUCUUGACUUUCGCCAUAUAUAUCGGUUCCGCCAUUUACUCGCCGGGCAUUCCACAAGUGAGCGAGCAGUUUGGAGUUUCCAGUGUUGCUGCUACUCUCGGUCUUACCCUCUUCGUGUUAGGAUAUGGUAUUGGCCCCAUGUUUUAUUCUCCUCUAUCAGAGCUUCCCGCAGUCGGCCGUGGCCCAACAUUCGUCCUUACUGCCAUCGCAUUUGUUUUCCUGAACUUUGGCGUAAUCUAUGCCAAAAACUUUGGGACGCUCCUGGCAUUCCGAUUCUUGACCGGGCUAAUCGGCUCUCCUCCGGUCGCCACAGGCGCUGCAUCAAUGGCAGAUAUCUGGGGCCCUCUGUCUCGGGACUAUAUGAUCGCCAUCUGGAGUACGUUUGCAAUUGCGGCUCCGGUGAUGGGCCCUUUCCUUGGUGGGUUCGCUUCGUCUGCUAACGGCUGGACCUGGACCAUAUGGCAGCUUGUUUGGGUGUCCGGGUUUGCUGCGGCUGUUUGCUUCUUCUGCCUACCCGAAACCUACACCCCUAAUAUCCUUUAUCGCCGUGCUCGUCGUAUCAGAAACGUAACAGCGAAUUCGGCCUAUAUUUCCGAGUCGGAAAUCGAGCUACAGAACAUGACUACCAAGGGGAUUAUUUUCGAGGCUCUCGUGCGACCGUUCCAACUUUGCUUUCUUGAGCCAAUCAUAUUGUCUAUGAAUCUGUACAUUUCGUUCAUUUACGGGAUGCUUUACAUCUGGUUCGAAGCUUUCCCUAUCGUGUUCCAGGAAAUGCACGGUUUUAAUCCCGGUGAGGGUGGCCUUGCAUUUUUUGGUAUCCUCGUCUCUGUGAGCUGUGUGGCAAUCCCUCCAUAUUUCUUCUGGAAAUAUUUCUACCAGUCGAAAAAGCUUGACACCGAGGGGAACUUGCGUCCGGAGGAGCAACUCCCACCUGCCUGUAUUGGGUGUUUGAGUAUUCCAAUCUCUCUCUUCUCAUUCGGAUGGACAGGAAAUUUCAGUUCCGUCCAUUGGAUUGUGCCCAUCAUCUGCUCUAUGUUUUUUGCCCUUGGCGGAUGUCUGAUCUUCAACUGCAUCUUCUCUUAUCAAGCCCAGGCGUAUCCCAAAUACGCUGCCUCUGUACUUGCCGGCAAUGAUUUCAUGCGCUCAUGCUUUGGUGCCGGAUUUCCGCUAUUUGCGAGUGCCAUGUUUCACAAUCUUGGCGUUGGUUGGGCGUGCACCCUCCUCGGAUGUCUCACCAUCUUGUUUGUCCCCAUGCCAUUUAUUUUAUAUUUCUAUGGCACCCGAAUCCGCAUGGCUAGCAAGUAUGCAAGACAUGAUAUUCAAAAGGGAUACAUGAGCCUAUACAUACAACAAUUAGCCAAGUUGAUCGGAAAUCAACCUGGUCGUCCGUAUAGACACUUCGGAGCUGAUUCCGACGGUGCGGCUUGGUUCCUAAUCUGCACCAGCUUCAUAUCACAACACUUUCUCGAAGACUGACGCUAGUUAAAUUUGGC